GAAAUGAAAGUCGACAGUUUGCCACAAUGAAUAGUACAAAUGUACAUAUUUUUUCUGUAUAUAUUGUAGAUUUUUCUGUUUUUUCGUAAUGCGCGUAUCUGAUUAAUUAUUCGUUCUUCAUCGUAUUGUAUGAUAACAAUAAUUCAUCUGUCAAAGUCUGAUGUUGUCUACUUCGCGAAAGAAAGCGGGCAGAAGAUCAGCCGUGCAGAGAGAAAAUGACAUCAUAGGAGCAGAUGUGACUAUUGACGAUUUUGCUAAUACUUUAAAAAUUCGUGCAAGACUUAAGAAAUCAGUUACAAACAUCUCUAAUAAAGUAAAACAAAAAGCAUCAACAGAAGAGGAAAACUCUGUUUGGGAUGAAGAAGGUGAAAAGAGAUUAGUACAAUGUACAAAAGGAAGCAAUCACAAAAACAUGUCUUUUAAUAGAAAAAAGGAUAGAAGAAAAUUGGAAGAUAGUCAGGAAGAUAGUGAUAAAGAAGGAAACAUCUAUCCAUUAGAUAUAUGGUUUGUUAUUUCGGAAUAUAUACAACCAGAAGCGGUGGGAAAGUUUGCAAGAAUUUGUAGGAGUUCUUAUUAUGUAACUACCACAGGAAAAUUCUGGUUUUGUUUAUACAAAUCAUAUUACAAAUUUGUACCAAACUUACCCCAGCGUCUACAGCCACAGUGUUUAAUAUUGCAUGGAUUAAGAGCUUGCGUUAUCAGGGCAUUACAUUAUGGUUAUUUUUCCUGUUUGCGGCAACCAAGCAUUUUUAUUCAAGAUAUUGUAUGUCUCGACCUGAAAGAAGAACCAUAUUCUCUCGUAAAAAGAAAGUGCACUCUUAUGUGGCAUAAAGAAAAAAGAGAUAAAUGGUAUUUCUAUUUUAAAUUUAAGGAUAUUUCUGAAACUCCUAAAAAGUUAUUAAAACAAAAUAAACAAUAUGAUCUCGAAAAUGAUGAUGAAAACUUUAAUUGUCUUCAAAUGCCGGAAGAUGUAACUUUUAAUCCUGAUGAGAAAUGCAAGGUUCUUGAGGUGAUAUGCUUAUACUACAGCAUGGUACCUCCAGUAAUUGGAUUGGUUCUGCAAACAGUAUCUGUGACUUUACAGCCCGGCGGCUAUAGGGAACACAAAUUUCAACUUGGAUUUGGAUCAUCAUUUGUACGUAGUACAUUUACUCAUCAAGUAAUACUUCGUCAUGUGACUAACUAUCGUAUCUUAAAUUGGUGGAAUCCAGCCUAUCCUCAUGAAGAUGGAAGUUACUUCAUUGAAUUGCCGCAAGAUGACUUGUCCGAUUAGAAUUUUGUUAUUGUACAGAUUGUUCUUGUAUUUUGUGUAUGGGAAAAUAAGAAAUCAUAUUUAAAUUUUAUAAGACAAAUAUAUAUAUUAAUAUGGAGAAUGCAAUACGAUCGCAAACAACUUUCUUUUUUAACCUUUUUUAACUUUUAAGAAGAACUAACAUUAUUUUUAAUAAAUUUUUUUUUUC